GAAAAGAGGGGAAUAAUGCAAGAAAUCACAAGAAUCGCAGUCACAAACAUGAAGAAACAAAAACUAGAGGACCAUAAAGCAAACAAAUCACCAAUCAUUUUAUUAGAUUUCUUUAUUUUCAAAAACAGAUCCCUCACUCCCCCUUUUCCCUCCCUUCAAAUCGCACACACUCGCUCACUCUCUCUCUAUCUAACGUCUCUUUUUUUUCAAUUUCCUCUUCUCAUUUCUCUUUCAAAUCAAACCAAACAGAACCAUAAACCAAAGCCGAAGAAAGAAAAACCCUAACAAAAUCUGCCACUAAAUGCAAGACCUCUUUGGAUCGGUUCGCCGAUCCUUAGUUUUUAAAUCAACUUCAGGAGACGAUGGAGGAUUCACUGGUUUUGUUGAAAAGAUCGGUUCCAGCAUUCGUAAAUCCCGAAUCGGUCUCUUUUCUAAGCCGCCAGCUCUUCCGCCCUGUAAAAAGGAUGAUACGCCGCCGAUCCGGUGGCGGAAAGGAGAGUUGAUUGGUUGUGGUGCUUUCGGUAGGGUCUAUAUGGGAAUGAAUCUUGAUUCUGGAGAGCUUCUCGCUGUUAAACAGGUUUUGAUUGCGGCUAAUAGUGCUUCAAAAGAGAAAACGCAGUCUCACAUGAGGGAGCUUGAGGAAGAAGUGAAGCUUCUAAAGAAUCUUACACAUCCGAAUAUUGUUAGAUAUUUGGGAACUGCUAGAGAAGAUGACUCAUUGAACAUUCUGUUGGAAUUUGUCCCGGGUGGUUCCAUAUCAUCUCUUUUGGGGAAAUUUGGGUCCUUCCCUGAGUCGGUUAUACGAAUGUAUACGAAACAGCUGUUGUUAGGACUAGAAUAUCUUCAUAAGAAUGGUAUCAUGCAUAGGGACAUAAAGGGGGCAAACAUUCUGGUUGACAACAAGGGAUGCAUUAAACUUGCUGACUUUGGAGCGUCCAAAAAAGUAGUUGAACUGGCUACUAUAAAUGGUGCCAAGUCAAUGAAGGGUACUCCAUACUGGAUGGCUCCUGAAGUUAUUCUCCAGACUGGGCAUAGCUUCUCUGCUGAUAUAUGGAGUGUUGGAUGUACUGUGAUUGAGAUGGCUACUGGAAAACCACCAUGGAGCCAGCAGUAUCAAGAGGUUGCCGCCCUCUUCCAUAUUGGGACAACUAAAUCUCAUCCUCCUAUUCCUGAACACCUCUCCAUCGAAGCAAAGGACUUUCUGUUGAAAUGUUUGCAGAAGGAGCCAAAUUUAAGGCCUACGGCAUUCGACUUAUUGCAGCAUCCAUUUGUCACUGGGGAGUAUCAUGAACCGCAUUUAGUAUUCCGCAGUUCUGUUAGGGAAUCUGGGAAUCUGAUGGCAACUACUGGGUUGAAUAUUAAGAACUCCGUGAACCCUGUGAUUAUGUCAGCCUGUGCUGGCUUGAAGGAUGUUUGUGGAAUGAGUAGUUCGAGGUCCUCAAUUAGAUACCCUAACAAUAUUACAAGAUCAGGUUUCACCUGGGGCGAAACCAAUAUUGAUGAUGAUAUGUGUCAGAUAGAUGAUAAAGAUGAUUUUGUUGUCAGUCCAUCCGCUAGGUUCAAGUCUGCCUUUGCGUCAGCUGAUCUAAAUAAGAGCUUCAAUCCCAUGUGUGAACCAAUUGAUGAAUGGACAUGCAAGUUUGAUGAAAGUCCAAAGAGAGGUGGAAUCAACUUGUCAUCUAGUCAGUCACUCCAUGACAUUGCUGACAUCCCUGCAGAAUCUGGUAAAGAAGAGAACGACUUCACAUUUCCAUGUGGACCAGUAGCCACCGAAGACGAUGAUGAAGUUACGGAGUCAAAAAUUAGGGCCUUUUUGGACGAGAAGGCUUUAGAUUUGAAGAAGCUGCAAACGCCUCUGUAUGAAGAGUUCUAUAACACGUUGAAUGCGGCGGGUCUUGCAAGUGCUGUUGGAAGUACAAAUACUGAAAAUAUCACAAAUCUACCUACCUUACCCCCCAAAAGCAGGUCACCUAAAAGGUUACCAAGCAGGAGAUUCUCCAUAAUUGAAGCCGCCAACACCGCCAGUACUCGUAGUAGCAAUAAACAAAUAUUAAAUGACAGUAGUAUCCAUGAUCGAGCUUUACAGGAAAUUCAGCCACCUCAAGUCAAUGAGUGGAAAGGGAUGCUUCUUGAUGCGCAGAAAGAAGCAAUUACUCCUAGUGCAAGCUUCUCUGAGAGGCAAAGAAAAUGGAAAGAAGAGCUUGAUGAAGAACUUGAAAGAAAACGAGAGAUGAUGCGCCAGGCAGGAAUAGGUGCAAAGACAUCUUCUCCCAAGGAUCAGAUCCUAAUUCGACAAAGAGAUCGAUUACGGUUUGUGUUCCCUGGCAAAUAAAUAUACACAUGUACUUGUAUUUUUAUUAUUGCACAAUGGAAAAACUAGUGCUUUUCCAUGAUGAGUUUUUAAUGUAUGUAUUUAUAUCCGGUGAAAAGAGUGUCUAAUAAGAUAUAGUAGCCACAGGCAAUCUUCUGCCUCAUUGUAUUGUGUCCUUGUGGUUCAUCAGCUGUGUGUUUUUUUUCUUUUUCUUUCCUUUCCCUUUUCUCCUACCCAUUUUGAAGUUAGUUAAAGUUGUAAGUUGCGAGAUUCAAAAUAGAAAGUAUUCCUGAGUUUGUUUUUGAAGUGUAA